AUGAUGUUCAAGCUCUCCUUCACCACUGUUAUCUUCGCCGUCGCGACGCUGUUCGCCACUGCCAAUGCCCUCGCGGACAACGAUGUGGACGCCUGCAACGGCUCGAACGACUACGGCGUUGGCCACGACUGCGCCUUCUCUGGUGGCAGCGGCACCGUCGAAGGCACGUGCCAGAACAACGCUUGCGGCAACCUCAUCUGCAAGCCGAACUGA